GGGAGGUGCAUGGAAGGUUCAGGGAGGAAACAAGAUCUAGAGCUGACAAGAACAUCACAGCAUCUUUAAUUGACUUUAAAAAGAGUAUUCAGGAGUCUUUUGUGGUCUACUGUUCCAGUGCUGCAGAGGUUCCUGAUAUUACAUGGCAGGAGGGGUGGGUAAGCUUAAGAAUUGUGAAGACAACAAAACUAUCCGAGAUCCUUCUUCAUACUUUAGGACCUGCACUCAGUAACAAUGUCUGAUAAGGUUGACUGGUUACAGAGCCAAAGUGGAGUAUGCAAAGUAGAUGUUUAUACCCCCGGAGAGGGCCAACACCAAGACUGGAAAAUGUCUGAUGAGUCCCUGUCUGCCUUUAAGGAGGCCUCAACUGAUCCUGUCAGAGUCCUGAGCUGGCUCCGAAGAGACCUGGAGAAAUGUACAUCAGGGUUCCAUGGCAUGAAGCACCCACCUGCUGGGGACAUGACACACAGGGGCGAGCACCCAGGAGACAAUCGCAGUGGGUUCACUGUAGACUAUUACAGUUCUGGAGGCAGAUCCACCCCAGGCAAAAUGCAUCUUGAAAUGUCUCACACUGAAAAUUCUUCCAGGGGCUCCAGUGCCUGGAAUGGUAGUAAUGAGAGUUCAGUAGAUGAAGUCUCCUUCUAUGCCAACCGACUCACCAACCUAGUCAUUGCCAUGGCACGCAAGGAGAUCAAUGAGAAAAUUGAUGGCUCUGACAAUAAGUGCAUCCACCAGUCAAUCUAUAUGGGUGAGGAACCACCUUCACCCAAUAGAAGCUUGAGUAAGGUGGCAUCAGAGUUGGUGAAUGAGACCGUCUCCUUAUGUUCCAAAGAAAAUUGCCCAGACAAGGCUCCGGGCUCUGGAGACAGAGCCACACUCUCCUCACGGAGUCCCCCAAAUAUGAAAUACAAGAGCACAAUGAAAUUUAAAGAAACAAAAGGAAACAAGAUAGAUGACAAGCCUAAAAAGUCAUUCUUCUACAAGGAAGUGUUUGAGUCCCGUAAUGCGGGUGAUGGGAGGAAGGUAUAUACAGGGUCAAACAGAGCAGAUGACUUUACAGCCAGUGUGAGUCAAGGAAUCAUGACCUAUGCCAACAGUGUGGUGUCUGACAUGAUGGUCUCCAUCAUGAAGACACUAAAGAUCCAAGUGAAGGAUACAACCAUUGCAACCAUCUUGCUCAAGAAGGUGCUGAUCAAGCAUGCUAAGGAGGUAGUCUCAGACCUGAUCGACUCCUUUAUGAAGAACUUGCAUAAUGUCACAGGCACCCUCAUGACAGAUACGGACUUUGUCUCAGCCGUGAAGAGAAGCCUCUUCUCUCAUGGAAGUCAGAAGGCCACGGACAUCAUGGAUGCCAUGUUGGGCAAGCUACACAGUGUGAUGUUGAAGAAACCUGAACCAGUCAAAAGAACAUCUAAGGACAAGUCUGAGAGUGUCUCCCUAGUUUCGUUGAAAGGAAUAGGUGACCCCAGACAUAGGAAUCUGAACUAUGCGUCCAUGAAAGCUGAAGCCAAAUUAAGGGAAAAAACCUGCAUUUCGUGCCCACCCAAGUCAGAGAAAGAAAAGACCUGUGCUGAAACUCUGGGUGAACAUAUUAUCAAGGAAGGGCUGACCUUAUGGCAUAAAAAUCAUCAGAAAGAAUCAAGAUCCCCAGGCCUCCAACGUGCGACCUUUGCAGCCUCGAGCAGAUCUGUUGGCAAACCGUGCAGCAAGCCACCGCCAGAGAGCCAUCCCCAAACAACCUCCCCAGGCCCACUUAACACCAAUGCCCUCAGCUGCCCAGAAAAACAAGAAAACUUCCUGUAUAGUUCAGACUCUUGGGCUAAAGACCUGAUUGUAUCUGCCCUGCUCCUGAUUCAGUAUCACCUUGCACAGGGAGGAAGUAUGGAUGCCCAGAGCUUCCUGGAAGCUGCUGGGACAACAACCAAGGGAAACUCACCUAAGUCCCAACAUAAUUCUGAGCAGUCCAGCCUUGGUUCUUCUAGGCUGGGAGGUAACCCUGAAGAGGCUGAAAAGAAGGAUCUAAUGAGUGUCUUUUUUAAUUUCAUCCGGAAUUUACUUGGUGAGACUAUUUUCAAGAAUGAUGAUAGCUAUGAAACAAAACCACCCAGUCACCACAGUAAGGAGGAAGACAGCAUCUACCCUGAAUCAUCCCUACCAAACUUCCCUAUGAAACAUGGCGGUGGCGGUGGCGGUGGCGGCGGUGGUGGUGUAGGCGGUGGCGGCGGAGGUGCCAUUGCUGGGCUGACCAAAAUGGUGGCUAACCAAUUGGAUGGUAAUAUGAAUGGGCAGAUGGUAGAACAGUUGAUGGAUUCAGUGAUGAAGUUGUGUCUCAUUAUUGCAAAGUCCUGUGACAGUCCCUUGGGAGAGCUGGGAGAUGAGAAAUCUGGAGAUGCCAGCAGGCCAACUUCAGCCUUCCCAGAUAGCUUCUUUGAGUGUUUACCAGUCAAGGGCACUGGGACAGCUGAGGCCCUCUUACAGAACGCUUAUCAAGCUAUCCAUAAUGAAUUAAGAGGUAUGUCGAUACAUCCCCCUGAGGGGUCUGACAGCGCCAAGGUGAUCGUCAGCAAUCACAACCUCGCCGACACCGUGCAGAACAAGCAACUCCAGGCUGUUCUCCAAUGGGUAGCAGCUUCUGAGCUCAACGUACCCAUUCUGUACUUUGCUGGUGAUGAUGAGGGAAUCCAGGAGAAGCUCCUCCAGCUUUCUGCUGCUGCGGUGGACAAAGGUCGAAGUGUUGGGGAGGUCCUACAAUCCGUACUCCGCUACGAGAAAGAGCGGCAGCUGGAUGAGGCGGUGGGGAAUGUAACCCGGCUGCAGCUACUGGACUGGCUGAUGGCAAACCUGUGAGCAGUGCAGGCCCUCUGCGUCCCCUUUCCCAGCAGUGGGGCCGGAGGCUGGACAUCCCCCUAAUCCCACUCCAUUUACCCUCUCCCCAUCUCUACCUAUUUCCCCUGCCUGCCUGCCUACCCACUGUCACAGACAUACCAUUCACGUGAAACACAUGACAUCUUAUGCUGGUCACUGAA